GAGUGAGGGAGGAUUGAGAAGCGACAAGUGUCACCGUGCAUCACGAAUGUAUGUCCAAACAAUCGAUGGAUGUCCAAAACACGGGUAGUGGGACAAAAUACCCCCUGCACACACGCACACACACACACACACACAGACCGUCACCUACAGACAUGACAUGCAUAUGGCUACUCAGAAAGCGAUAGCAGCGAGGGGCCUGGACAAUCCCGACAGCGAUAGAUACUGUUUGUCUGUCUGUUCUUUCUGUAGGCUUCAUUUGCAAGCAACCGAAGGCAGUGGAGGCAGUCAGUAAUGAGAGCAUUGGCAAGUAAAGGAAAGGGAAAGGGAAAAGGCGAGAGAUGGCCCAGAAAAAUGCACACACCGCCACUGUCUGUCAGCUCGACACAGCCAGCCAGCCAGAAGCUCUCUGUACACUAACUACAGGUCCUCUCACUCCACCUGACCCCACCCCACCCUCACACCGUCUGUCUGUCUGUGUUCUGUCUGUCUGUCUGUCUAAUCAUGCCGUUCAUUGCCUCCGCCUGUCGCCCCCACCUACCACCACACUACCCCUGUUCUCUCCCCUCAACCUCAAGCCAGCCAAGUCAACACUCCUCUCCUCAUCUCUUCCAGCAUCAGCAUCACCAUCAGCAUCACCCUCCCCCUGCUGCGUGGGGGUGGGGGUGGAGGUGUGGGGGUAUUUCCGUAUAAGCUCCGUCCGCAUUAUGUGGUAGCCGUCCUGGAAGGCCCCCGACGUGCCCUUGAGGGCGUCCAGCGGCUGAUCUGACCCCGGCCCACCACCUCCACCCAUCAAGUCCAGCUUCCACUCUCGCAGCGCCAUGAGCUUGCCUUCGAGCUUGUCGAGGGUGCGGGUCAUUGCGGAGGGCAGCACCUGGUACUCGCUGGCCAGGGACGAGAUCGAGGGGACGGAAGGCCGCGAUGCCACUGAGCCGUCGGGGAGCCGACGCAAGCCGUGGCGACGGCAGUAGAGGGCAGCUGCAGAAAGGGAAAUGGACAGACACGGAAAGAUAGAUCGAUGGCAAGGGUGGGUUGGCUUCGUGUCCUCCUCCCGCCUUAUUUAUUCACCUUCCUCUGCCGGCAGUUGUUUGAUGAGGUCCCACACUGCCUGGUCUGAGAAGAACUGCUCCAUCACAUUCGGCUGCGUCAUCUGACCCACCCGACCACCACCACCGACACCACCGCCAGCCCCAUCCGCCAGCAGCUCAGCCACGGUCAGCACCCUCACCCUCGCCCUCCUGACGUCGGCCUGCGGGUGCACGUCUGCCGGUGUCAGCUGCGACAGAGUGGGCUGCUCCACAACCGCCUUCAUGAACUCGGCCGUCUCGAAGCCGUCUGGCGUGCCGGUGAACAUGGGCUUGUCGGUGGAGCUGCUGAUGCGCGUCUGGUAGAUGUCCUUGAGCCGCCUGAUGCCGAUGCCCACCGUCUCGCCCAGCUCGUCCAACAGCACCUGGGAGCGCUCCAAGAGGUCCCGCACGACCUCCUGGAUCUCCGCGCUGCUCACGUACGCCGCCAUGAGGGGGCUGGCGCUGCUGCCCUUGGCCUGAAAAUGCUCUGAGCGGGCUCGUGCAGUGAGGGACACCUCUGCGUCACUGAGGGCGAGAAGCAUGUCGGUGACCUGGUCAAAUGAGCCGAUGGGCUGGCCGAUCUUGUCUGUGAGGAGGGCGUAGUAGCCGUCCUCGAGCAGCGCCUUGAUGCGGGUGCGCUUGGUCUCUUUGCGGACUUUCUCGACCUUUGGAAGCUUGGAGUAGAAGUCCUCGUUGAUGGGCACCAUGCGGCGCUGCAGAGCCAUCCGCUUCAGACCCUGCUGCACAAAUGGCUGCGCAUACCUGAUACCAAGCCACACACACACACAGAGAGAGAGUCAGGGAAAUGGUUCCUUCCCCUCCCUCCCUCUGCGCUUGUUCCAGUGCGUUCUGUCUGACCUCUCGAGUGUCGACUGUCGGUAGAGCCCCCUCGGCCCAGCGUAGCGCACGAUGGCCUUGGUGAGGAAAGCCGACCCCAGCUCGUACAGCUCCAUCCACUCCAUCCCCGAUGCCGGCGGGUAGGUCUCCUGGAUGCGCGACGCUAUCCGGUACACCACCGGCGCAAACUUGGCCUGGAACCGCAUGAUUGCGCUGUCGGCCGCACCGCGCUUACGAGCGAACAGCUCCCCCAGGUAGUCGGGGUACUUCUGGUGCAGCAUGCGACCGAGUUCCUCCACAGGAAACGCCUCGCGCCGGUCGUCAGGCGAUAGCGGCUCCAGUGCCGACGGCCUGAAGCGUGACCAGAGGUGUUGUUCGAGACGUGAGAGCUUCUCUUCUGGGGUGAGGCGGUCGAGUGGCUGUGCGGGGGGGCUGACGACGGCCAGUUCCUUCAGUGUGAGGGUGAGGAGGGGUCCGCUGAGCGUUCUGCUGACAGAUGAUAUGUCGGCGAGGAGGGAUGCGGCGGUGCGGUUGGUGAGAUUGCGAUCGGGGAAGGCGUCGAUCACCGACGGGAUGAUCGGGUUCACGUCGCGCAGCACCUCGUCCACCCACCUGACCACAACACGACAAAGCAUUCCACACAUGCACGGAUCGCCAUUGUGUGUGCACCCCCUUGGUCACCUACCUUCGGAAUGCAGGGUGCCACAGUCCAACAGAAGGGUCGUCCCUUGCCUCCUCGGGCAAAGCGGGGCCCUCGUAAGCCUUCCCAUCGAUGGGCGGUGGAAACCGCCUGUCGCCCUUCUGGCCCUCCAAGAUGAACCUGACAAUGGCGUCAUACAGCGGGCGCAUCUCGAUCAGCUCGUCAACCAGCUCGGCCAGUGCCUGGCCAGGCACCACGCCAAGACCCAGCAGACGGUCGUAUGUCAGGUCCCGCCAGAAGAGCCACGGGGGAGGCGCCUCCAGCACAUCGCCGCCAGGGUCGCUGUCUUCUGGGUGGAGCAGCAAGGGCAGUGGGGGGGCGAUGACGGGCUCAUCGAGGGGCAGGCGGCUGACAGGGUCACGGUUGAGCUCCUCCCACUUGUGGGCCGCUCCCGGCAGCACGCCGAACCCCCUCUGUCGGUCUUUGGCUGUCUGCGCCGCCUUCUUGAGCCGCGACCACCGCUCGAUCUGCGCCGCCAGCCGAAAGAUCUGCUCACUCUUGAGGCGAGACUUCCCCUUCGCUGCCGGCUCAACAAGCCGCCACACCUUCGCCCGAUCACUGGUGGACCGCCCCUUGGAGCUCACUAGAGGCCGCUCGGGCUCGAGCACUUUCGUGACGUUCAUCUCCUGCAGCUCCUCCACAGCUGCGCCAGGAAGCCCCGCCAUCGCGGGCAGCGCACCCGGAUCAUCGAGGGGCGGCGGGCAGGGGGCAGCGCCGGCAAUGAUGCGGGCGAUCAUCUGACCCUGGUUGUAGUGGUCCAGUAGAGGGCCUGAGGGGUCCCGGUGGUCGUCAAGACCAUAGUCGGGGUAAAGAGGGGCGGUUGGCGCCCUCUUCUUCUCGGCGGGCUCCAACAGACCGGCUGACGGGCCGCCCGACAUCUCCUCUUUUCCAUCCUUGCUCUCGGCGGCACUGUCGACCACCUGCAGGCUUUGCUUCUGGUAGACCCGUGCGAGUGCCCCUCCCAGCCGCCGGCCGAAGUUCUUCCACACUUCCACCACAUAGUAGCGCCUCAUCCAGUAGAGCAGCGCCCGAUUGAGGUCGUCGAAGAUCGACACACCGCCUAGAGUGAGGUCCUUGCCCGGGGUGUAGGUGACGGGCAGCGGGGCGGCGAGCGUCUGAAGGAAUGUGUGGAGCUCCUUCUCGACUUGAUGCAUCGUCUUCUCCCGUGCAGACCGGUCCUCGUCUUCAGGCAGCGAGAACCGCGUCCGAAACGUCCCCAUAGGCGUCGAGGAUCGGCCAUCGCUGGUCGUCUCCGUCACCGUCGACAGGGCCGACACAGCCGCACGCACUAAGGCCACCGACAAGACUUGCACCGCCCCUCCCAGCCGCACCUGCCUUUUCGCUGCCUCGGUGUCCUUCUCGUCCGUCUGCGCCUCGCCCCCGAAUGCCGGCGGGCAGCUCUGCGCCGAGCCCAUGAUGACCUCCACAGCGUCCUCCACCAGCGGCUCUAGACGGGCGACCGACGGCAGUGUUCUCGCGACAGAUGGGCCGGGGAGGAAGUCAGCCACGUUCUGGGCGAUGGGCUGUCGGCCGUUGUUGCCGAAGGUCUCCCACAGCUCGAUGAAGCCCUCCAGGAAGCCGGUGAGGAUCUCCCUCGCCACUGGGAUGGAGCCCUCACGUGCGUUGGAUCGGUGGUCGAGCAGGUUGAGCCAGUCGGACUGCUCACGACGACUGAGGGGGCCGUCCAGCUCCGGUCGCCGGGCUGGAUCCUUGUCUGUGUCUGUUGCUGACGAGUUGACAGCGACGGCAGCGGCACUAAAUGCGUUGGUGGCCCUCUUUCUCGCCGAUCUCUUCUUUGAAGAGGGCGGAGGGAUGAGGGCAUCACGGUCGAAUGCAGAUGGGGCAUGAUCGUCAUCAGAUGCGGGAGAAGCCGUCGGCGCCUGUCGUGUCGCCUUUUUGUCCUGCUCCUUGGCCAGUUUCUCCUCCGAGAAGGGCCACUUGACAUCUGGCAGGAGGCGGAAGUGGCUGUCGACUUCGUUCCACCCGUACUUGGACAUCAGACGCUCCCGUAUCUCGUCAACAGAGGGGGGCCGCUCCGACUUCUCCUCCUCUCCCUGGGAACCAUCGCCGCUGUCAGCAAGCUCGCCCCUCCUCUCUCGCGCCGACAUGGUCACAUCCGUCCCGCCAUUCGCCCUGCCGUUCGCACGCACCGGCACUUCUGUAGCACCAUCGUCUUCAGCAGCCUCCUCAGCCAUCCUCAUAGGCUGGUUACGCGGCCGCAUCCACUCCAUGUCAACGCCAUCUGCAACGUCGGUAUCCACUUCCGGCGGGUCGAGCACAGCGCUGCUCCCCUUCGCCGAUGAGGCCAAGAACAUCCCAAUAUCGCCGAAUAAAGGCCGCAUGCCAUCACGCUCAUUGCCGCGGUUUGGCAAAGGAAAGCUGCUGCCCAGCCAGUCUAGUGAGAGGUAGAGUGUGGUUGGGCGAGGGCGAGGGCGAGGGCGGGGAGAGGAGUGCCGCCAUGGAAUGCCGCGAUGGUGUUUGGGCGACAGGCGAAGAGCGGCGGCCAGGGGCAGCAUGACGUGGUCCCUCAGAAGACCCAGUGCAGCCAGCAGCGGACCCAAUACGAGCAGCAGCUUCCACAGCCAUGAGCGAAGACAGAGCUUCAGGCGUGUCUUGAGUGGCACUUGGGGUGCGGUGCUGAUCCAGUAUGCUCCUCGGCUCCCCUGCGGCUCUGGUGUCCAGUGCUGCAGUCGGCUAGGUGGAAGAUGAGAGCACUGCGGAGGGUCGGAGGGCAUCGAAGCUGCAGAUCUCCGUCGAGCUGUACUUGUGGACUCCAUCGAAGAAGCAGG